UGUCGCCGAUUGAAAAAUAAAUCGAAUUCCAAAAUGGUCUUUGUUUACCUUUUGUUAUUUUCCACUUCUGUUUGCGAAUAAUUGAUAAUAAUUUCAUAAUAAGAAUCAGUAGCGACAGUAGAUACCGCGCGAUGUGGGAGGAGGCGGCGGGCGUGGGCGCGGACGUGAUCGUGGGCGUGGGCGUGAAGGCGCCGAGCGACGCGAAGCACUGCGACGCGGUGUUCAACGAGCUGAUGCAGGAGUGCAAGCACAGCGCGCCGGGCGCGCGCCUGUCCGCCCGCCUGCGCACCGCGCUCGAGAGGAUGCGGCCGGAGCGGCGGCGCGGCGUGGUGUCGCGCGUGCGCGACGGCUGCGCGCCGCUGUUCGUGGCCAGCCGGCGCGGCAACGUGGAGCUGGUGGAGUAUCUGGUGCACGUGUGCGACGCUGACCUGGAGCAGCGCGGCGUGUACGAGGUGCCGCACGACCGCAGCACGCACACCGUCACGCCGCUGUGGUGCGCCGCCGUCGCAGGUCGGCUGGGCGUGCUGCGCGCGCUGGCGGACGCGGGCGCGCAGCUGGACGCCAGCAGCGACAGCGGCUCCACGCCCGUGCGCUCCGCCUGCUUCAUGACGCACGUGGACGUGGUGCGCGAGCUGCUGGCGCGCGGCGCCGACCUGCACCGGCCCAACCACACGGGCGGCACGUGCCUCAUCAACGCCGUGCAGUCCGUGCCGCUGUGCGCGCUGCUGCUGGCGCACGGCGCGCGCGUGGACGCGCAGGACCUGCAGCGCAAGACGGCGCUGCACUACGCGGCGCAGGAGCACCGCCUGGACACCGCGCGCCUGCUGCUCGACCACGGCGCCGACGCCUCGCUGCGCUCGCGCGCCGGCGACGACGCGCUGCGCACCGCCGCGCUCAAGGGCGCCGCGCAGGUGGUGGCGCUGCUGCUGGCGCGGGAGCCGGCGGACGCGGCGCGCGCGGCCGACGCGCUGGAGCUGCUGGGCGCCACGCAGCUCGACGAGUUCAACGAUGCGGCCGCGGCGCUGCAGGCGUGGCGCCGCGCCACCGCGCUGCGGGCCGCGCACCGCGCCGCCAAGACGGGGCACGUGGAGGCGGCGCGCGCGCUGGCGGACGCGGCGCUGGGCGGCGCGCGCGAGUGGCAGACGCUGGCGGAGCUGGCUGCGCUGGCGGGCGACGCGGACGCGCUGCGCACGCAGGCGCUGCUGGUGGCGGCGCGCGUGCUGGGCGCGCAGCACAAGGACACGGUGUUCCGGCUGAUGUACCGCGGCGCGGCGCACGCGGACGCGUUCCGCUACCAGCGCUGCAUCGAGCUGUGGAGCUGGGCGCUGCGCGUGCGCAUCGAGCGCGACACGCUGCUGUACGCCGACACGUGCCACACGGCCAGCGCGCUCACGCGCCUGCUGCUGGACGCGGGCGGCGGCCGCCUGGAGCGCGCCGGCGACCUGCCGCGCCACGCGGACGUGCUGCGCGUCUUCACGCUGCUGGCGGACCAUCUGCCCGAGUGUCGCGCGGCGCUGGUGCCGCGGCCGGUGCACAAGAAGCAGGCGGAGACGUUCGACCGCGCGCUGCGCUGCGUCACGCACCUGCUGCACCUGCUGCUGCAGACCGCGCCCGACGACGAGGCGAGCCGGGAGCGCGUCACGACACAGGUGGCGCGCCUGGUGGCGGCCGACGUGCGCAGCGCGCACACGGGCGACUCGCUGCUGCACCUGUGCGCGUCGCGCCUCAACGUGGUGCGCUCCACGUACUUCGCGGACGAGCUGGGCGCGCCGCCCGUGUUCCCGUCCGCGCGCGUCGUGCGCCUGCUGCUGCGCGCCGGCGCCGACGCGCGCGCGCGCAACGAGGCGCGCUCCACGCCGCUGCACGUCGCCGCAAUACCUUACAACUUCUCCACGGAGCUGGUGAGCGUGCUGCUGGCGGGCGGCGCGCACCUCGACCAGCCCAACAAGUUCGGCGACUCGGCCGCCGAGCUCGUGCCGCUCAACCGCGGCUCGCGCGUGUGCGUCCUGCGGCACGUGUCGCUCGCGUGCCUCGCCGCGCGCGCCGUGCUGGCCAGCCGCCGCGCCGUGCCCGCGGACGCGCUGCCGGCCACGCUGCACGCCUUCCUCGACCUGCACCGCGCCUGAGCGCAUAGUCGCGCUACUGACUCGCGUCACAGCGCUGCAUCGCACAGCACAGCACAGCGCUGCACAGCACAGCGCUGCACAUGCUGCGCCGAGCCAGUGUGCUGACUGAGUGGGUGUUUGGGCGGGAGAUUAAAUUUUCAAUUAGUCUAAAUUAAAAAAUGUUUCAAUUAUUAAAUUAGAUAGGUUAUAUAAUUAAUUACGUAUUUACAUUACAGGUAAUAAUGUUAGAUUGAAUGAAUAAUAUAAGCUUACGAAACACA